AUGGAUGCCCAGUUGCCUUCUCUCGAACCCGCUCUGGAAGAGGGAAAUGGGCCCCCUAUCCUGGAGCUAAUGAGCCUAUCAAGGGAAGAGACUAGUUAUCCUGGAGAGGAACUUCGUACGGACAGCUCGAUCCGCUUGCUCAAGAUACAUGCUGCGUCUGGACAGGAACAGGAGAUCGAAUGUACACUUCAGUCAUUCGAUCUAAACGAGGAACCUUGCUAUCAUGCACUCUCAUAUACCUGGGGUCCUCCAGUCAAAUUCUUUGACCCUCGAGAUGAGGAGUUCCCAAAUGAAAUUCGAUCCAUUCUCUGUAACGGCCAGCCAUUCUCUGUAACACCAAACCUGCAGGACGCGCUCGUGGAGCUUCGUCGGUCAGACUUCACCGACUGGCUAUGGGUCGAUUCCAUUUCGAUUGAUCAGUCCAAUCUCAAAGAACGAGCAUCUCAAGUAGCUCUAAUGGCGCGAAUUUAUCGUUCCACAAACGAAACGAUUGCCUGGCUAGGCAAGGACGAAACUGGGGCCGAGGAUUUACAGUGGGCGAUUGAUGUUUUGGUCCCUGAAACGGUCCGCCGCGGUUCUGAAUACUGGGAAUCAAAGGUUGUAUCGGAUCCAGAGCUACUACUGAUAUUUGGCGUCGAUGAUAUUCCAGGAAAACUGCUCCGUAUCACAACCUUCCUCGCUACGCAUCACUUAUUCCACAGGGCAUGGGUGGCCCAAGAAGUGGCAUUAUCAAGGGCAAUACAUGUUCGCUGUGGGCGAUGGGCGUUUCCGUGGGCCGAAUUCCAGAAUGUGUACAAAGCCCUCAUGAAGGCUCCAUGGCUUACGCUUAUGGAGGCCAAUUACGCUGGAUCGUCAGAUAUGCGUCAGUUUUUUAAUAGAGCAGGCGCUAUGAUGGUGAGCAUAGAUAAUAUUCGAGAGUGUAUAGUUUAUGUGAGAAAACCCAUACAACAAGUACUACCACCGCCGCAACAGGUGAUAUCAAAGAUCAGGGACCUGGAACAUGAGUACGGCAUGAGAACGGACAUCGAGGUGGCAACCGCAUGGAUGAGUGAUUCAUUAUCAAAGAUACGACCUUUACAAAGCUCGGAGCCACGUGAUAAGAUCUAUUCCACUCUUGGGAUCGCAUCUCGUUUUUCUGAUAGAGUUUUUCAGCUGAUAAGGCCCGAUUAUGGCAGGUCUGCUGAAGAGGUAUACACUUCAGCGACAGCUACAAUCAUCAUGAACUGUCAACACCUCGGUAUUCUCGCCCAUGUUGGAGAUAUCGCCAGGAACCGACCUUUGAAUCUUCCUUCGUGGGUAGUCGAUUACAGUCAACUCAGCGAUACCAAUCCAAUCUGUGGCUUCGCCCCACAUAUCCUCUUCUCCCUUGAUGAGUCCGUGGCCGCAAAGCUGCCACCGCCCAUUCGUAAAGUUGAAGGUGCAAGACUCACCCUAGAAGGAGCGGCCCUCGAUCAUGUCGAUGUAGUCUCUGUUGCCAUGUGGGACGGGACUCUCAAUGAUUCUGGCUACCACAAGGAGUUUUGCGAAUUUCUCUCGUACUUACCUCGCUACUAUGCCAAUGGUUGGACGCUCACUGAAGUUUUGGGAAGACUCUUGAUGUUCGACACAGGAAGCAUAGGAGACGAGGCCAAUCAUCCGGCGCGCUCUUCGUAUUCGCAAGCGUUUCUAAUGACGAUUAUUGCCAUGUAUCAAACGAGGUGUAGUGUGAGUGGUGACAAUUUAGAGACUAUUGACAGAAUGAAGAAUGCAACUAUAGCCUUGCACGGAUUCCUUGACGAUACUGAGUGGCAAGCGAUACAAGAUUUGGCGAGGAACUGUAAACACGCCCAAGUAGUGCAUUUUCUGCACUCAGUCUCCCCGAAAGUGCGCAAUAGGAGACUUUUCAAAACCAAAGGAGACAUUAUUGGCAUGGGGUCAUAUUCAACCCAGGCUGGUGACCAGAUCUGGUUCAUCCGAGAUUGCAGAACGCCGUUGAUUCUACGACCGAAGCCGGAGACAGAAGACUUCUGGCUUGUUGGGGAGGCAUACCUCCAAGGUUUCAUGCACGGCGAGAAGCUGAGGAACAGUUGGAAAGUGGCGGAGCGUCUCAGGCCAGUUACCAUUGUUUGA